AUGCAAGGAUUCCGCACACGUGUCAAGGACACUAUUCUGCGCCGCUCGAGCUUUAGCAGCACCAAAGAGGCAGACCAAUCCGGUACAGAGUCGGAGAAUGUCAACGUCUCGGGACAGUCGCCCAACCGCGCAAGCACCGACAAAGACAAGGACUCCAUUCGUCAGGGGACCUACGAUAGUGGCUCUAUCAAGGCCCGUGCACGCAAGAGGCUCUCGCUGAGCUUCCGUGGACGAAGAGGCACGUCGGAUGCCUCUGAACAUUCGCAGCUCGCGCAACAGGUUGUUGCAGAGAUCAAUGGAGAUGAGGUGAAGAAGAUGCUACACGUUCGUGACGAUGACGAUCUCAAGCCUGCCGCUGCAGUUGUCGCGGCCACGAGUGCCCCUGGCGCAGAACAAGGCGACAGCACAGAGGGCACCAAGGUCGAUAGCAGCCCAGUCGAUUCGGAUGUCAAAGAUGACAAGAAGCCUCAGGAAGUAAACCCUCCUGUCGAAGCUCAAGAACCAACCCCAGAAGCAAAAGCGGAAGAGCCUGUUGCUGAGGAGCCAAAGGUCCAGGUCCCCGUUGCUACUGAGCCGGCGGAGGAGCCAAUCACGACUCAUGAGGUGGAUGAAACCGUCCCGUCGACAAAUGGAUGGCCCACCCAAUCUAGAGUGGAUGGUCUCGGAGAGUCAUAUCAUGUCAUUAUGCACGGCUCGCCGGCUCGCGCUCCAGUCUCGAUCGCAGUCGAAGAACCAACUCCUUCAUUCCCGGAGCCUGUACCAUACGACGCAUCGUUUGCUUCUUCGACUAGUGGGACUGACAACUACUCUGCGCCUACCCCGCUUUCCAUGUCGAUGCCCGUACCUCGACCGAUGAACGAGCCACUCAGUGCAAUUGACGAGUUGCACGCAAAGACGCAUCCGUUGGCCCAGCCAGACACGCCUAAUCAAGUUAAAGACGACGAGACCCAGCCCUCAAGGAGGAUCCCAACUAUGACGCUGACGAGUACGGAGGAGUCUAAGCCACUAUUGGAUAGCUCGAUUCUGACUGGAAUGGAAGCCUCAAUGACGCUACCGCAGCGUCCAAUCGACUCCACUUUGAGCUUACAUACCGACGUCAAGGGCAAAGGUCGCGAUACAACUCCAGUCUAUGAAGCACUUGGAUGGACAGAGUACAUUCUCCCCGACACGACAUAUUAUUUUGCUUUGCACGUCUCCUCACCUUCCUCACCGCAACAACUCAAGAUGCCGACGCCCCUUGCUGCGUUUCCAGCAGCGACGGUCACUGUUGUCGCUGACUAUGAUCUCCGCAACGAUGGGAUUCUUAAACGUGUGUGCGAGGAGAUGCGCGCUCUCAUACGCAUGGAGCUCCCGCUCGCCGCGCCGAACAACUAUAAUUCCUCUGCGAUGCUCAACUCUUCGAUUCCCGGAGACAGUGAUACUAGCGGGUGGGAGCUGUGGUUGCACCGCCCACUAGGCUACAUUCCACCCAAGGUUGAUGCUAUUCGACCGCCUAUUGUGCAUACGUGGGUCAAUCAUGCUCGUCGUCUACUCGCACCUCGUCCUCAUGGUGCAGUUGGACUCCCUCCAAGGGAGGACGGUGAUGCGGUGACUCUUGUCAAUGGGUACUCGAACAAAACCACUGGCAAUACGGUUGAGAUGCAGCCUGUCGAGCGUGACAAAUUGGCCAAAGAAUUGGCCUAUUGGGCGUUUGUUGAACGGCACCCUGCACAUGGACACCUUGGAGAAACCCCGAAACGUGAAGCGCUGGAGAGUUUGACCUGGUCUUUCGCGGAUCGGUUGGUUCAGGGAACGAGUCCUAUUCCCCCUCCUUUCUCUCAAGAAGAGUGUCAGUCUUUGCUUAGACUGCUUGACACGCAAAGCGCGCUUUCCGUCGGCCAAGAUCGCAUGGUCGUCAACCGGGUAAUCGCAACUGUUCACAGUAGACUUAUCAAACACAAGAUUGCAGUCCUCGAUGCAAAAGCCACUGUCGCAGCAUUUUCCGAUGACCUAGGAGACAGGAAGAAGAGGAACAAUAUUGCAUUCCCUAUCCGUCGAGCUGCACUAGGAUUCCUCAGUGCAAUUGUGUGCUGGGGUAUCCCAUACCUAUUCCUUGAGAAUCCAUCGACCGAACACGACCCACUUGCACGAUUCCGACCGUUUGACGGUAACCAUAUUCGUCCAGUCUACGGACAGAACGGGCUGCAAAUGUAUUAUUCUUUGGAUACCCACGACCGCUCUGCGGAAAGGAAAACAGGUGCCAUGCUUUAUGGAGCCGGAGUUGGACUCACAGCGGCGGUCGUAAUUGGAUCCGCCACGACUGUCCUCACCAUGCGUCCUGCACUCGAUACACCGGCACGCACCGCUAGCUUUGUCGCGCUCAUCUGCGCAGGAGCAUCACUCGCAGCAAGUCUAAUCUCUCUCGCGCGCAUGACGCGCAUCUCUCAAACCAGUUCAAACAUGUACGAUACAAACCCACCGUCCUCCCAACUCUUCUAUCCAGGCGUUCAACGCGACGCUGAGUCGCUCGUCGUCCUAAACGUUCGUGCUACAUUUUCCCCAUCUUCAUCCUCUUCCUCUUUCACCCGCGCGGCGGCUGCGCCGUCGACUGUUACAGGUCGUUCGUCGUCGUUGUACGUCGUUCCUCUCUUGACCAACGCUCCUAACUUGAUCCACUUCUAG